GCCACGGUCUGCGUCAGGAAGAGGCCGGCGGGGAUCGAGCAGGAGCCCCCCACCCCCGCACCUCACUGAGCCGAAAGUAGCUUUGGGCUGCAACCCGGUUCGCCCCCUUGCAAGCCUGGGCUGAGCGAGAGGGAGGGGGGGGGUUCUUGGGACGGCAGGACGGACGUCGGAGAUAAAAGUCCUCCUCCAAAUCUAGCCUCCCCCGCCACCCCGACAGUCACAAAGGGAGCGGGAGACCGAGGGCCGCUCCCUCCCCCGCGGACCCCAGAUGCGUCGGGCGGGUCUUUCCAACUGGCCAGAGGCCUGGGUGGCGGCGGCACCUCCCUUCUGCCCUGCCUCCCCCUCCAGCCCCGUAUAAGAGCUCCGGCCGGGGAGCCUGGCUAGCCAGACGCUCGGGGAGCAGCGGGGGGGAGGACGGGGCGGGGCGGCCGGCCGCGGGCUGCGGGGCCGAGGGCGGGAUGGGUCUGACUGCCGCCGCUGGGGCCGCCGCCGCCCAGAUGAGAGCCGAGGGGGACACCUUGAAAUACUUCGUGGAGGAUCCCGGCACCGGGACGCUUUACAAGCGGGGGCAGCUUUUGGGACAGGGAGCAUUCGGACAAUGCUACAAAUUUACCGACACAUCCACUAACAGAGUCUACGCGGUGAAGGUGCUCUCUCAACAGCGAGUGGCAAGGCUGGGCAACCAAGGAAAGGUUCAACGUGAGAUCGAGCUGCACAGCCAGCUUCAGCACAGGAAUGUGGUGGGCUUCCACCGACAUUUCACUGACCAGGAGAACAUCUACAUGGUGCUGGAAUACUGCAGUAGGAAGUCCCUGGCCCACAUUCUGAAGGUCCGGAGAGCCCUGACGGAGCCAGAGGUGAGAUUCUAUCUGAAGCAAAUCAUGAGUGGCCUGCAAUACCUGCAUCAGCAAGGGAUCAUCCACCGUGACCUCAAACUGAGCAACGUGUUCAUCACCAAGCGCAUGCAGGUGAAGAUUGGCGACCUGGGCCUGGCAAGACGGGAGGAGCGGGCGUGCCGGAGGAGAGGGGUGGUCUGUGGGACCCCCAAUUACCUGGCCCCCGAAGUCAUCGCUAAGAAGGGGCACUCCUUCAAGUCAGACAUGUGGGCCCUGGGCUGCAUCAUGUACACGGCCCUGGCCGGCUCCCCCCCCUUCGAGAUCUCGCACAAGCAGGAGCUGUUCCAGAGGAUCCGAGAGGGCCGCUACGCCCUUCCCGACCGCCUCUCCCCAGCCGCCCGCAGCCUGAUUGGGAGGCUGCUGGCCCCCGACCCAGCCGCCCGACCCAGCCCGGAAGAGGCGAUCCGCCAGCCCUUCUUCACCCAGCACUUCACCCCUGCCAGGCUCCCCUCGCGCGCUUGUCACUCUGCCCCCAUUUUCCCUUUCGCGAAUCCGCUUGGAAAAUUCCUCCAGAAAGCAGCCAGGUUCCUUUUCCAGGGCUCCCCUCACCAGGACCCCCAGGCUGUGAGCCCUGCACCCCAAGAACAGGAGGAAGCCCCACGGCUGCAAGGAUUGGGACCCGCUGCCCCUCCCCACUGGGAAGCCGAAGAGGGGAGCCCGGACCCUGCGGAGGAGCCCAGCUGCCUUCCCCCCCUCUUGCUGCAGAGGGGCUCCCUGCGCAGCCGGCUGCCCGAAGAGGCCAACUGGGGCCCCGGCGGAGUGCUGGAGAGUGUAGAGCGAAGGCUGUGCCGCUGCCUGCAGACCAUCCCACUAGUGGAAGAGUUGCCCAAAGGCCUGCCACCCAGUGCCAGUCCUGCCCACAUGGCCACCAAGUGGGUGGACUACUCCAAUAGGUUCGGGUUUGGCUACCUCCUGUCCAAUGGGUCGACCGCGGUGCUGCUCCCCGAUGGGACUCACGUGGCCUUUUGCCCUCGGCGCCAGCGCAUCUGCUACCACAGCAAGGUGGAGGAGGCCGUGUCCUUUGGGUGGGGAGAGGUGCCCCCCUGGCUGGCCACCAAGAGGAGCGUCCUUCGCUUCUUCGCCCGGUACAUGCAGCAGUGGCUGCAGGAGGGGGCCCCACGGCAGACCAGCCCCGGCAGACCAGCGUGGGACUUUUCCCUCCUGCACUUUGCAAAAUCCGACAAGGCCCUCCUGAUGCUCUUCAGCGACGGCACCCUGCAGGUGAACUUUUACCACGACCACACCAAGAUUGUGCUCAGCUGCUCGGCCAAGGGGGAGGAGCUCUUGACCUUCGUGGACCGCCAGCGUUGCAGCACCACCUUCCCUCUGGGCACCCUGGCACGGCAGGGCUGGACGCUGCCCCUGCACGAGCGGGUGCACUACGCCCUGCGCUUGCUGCACUGCCUCUAGCCCCCCCUCCUCCCCAAGGGCCAGCUAGAUCCCGUCUCUUCUGGCCACGGCCUCCGCUGGAGGGCCUGGGUGUCCAGGCCUCCGUGGCUCGUCUUCCUUCCAGGGACCCAGGGGGCACACACAGGCCUCCCACCACCACCCUCCUGGGGGGCAGCCAGCCAGAGAGGAGCCCCCCAAUUCCCAGGCACCGUCUGUGGGCAAAAGGGGGGCAGAGGCCGGGUCUCCCUCUCCUAGCCCAGCAUCUUCACCGCAAGGCUCUCCGGGUGGGGGCGGUGCCUUGACCCCGGAUCAGGCUGGUGUGUCUGGGGGGGGGUGCAACCCAGUGGUCUCUUUGGCUGUUGUGGGGAGGCUCUGCAAGCGCAGUGGGGUGGGGAAGCCCUUGGCCAUCCGGGUCAGACUCUGUGGCUGUUGGAGGGCAGAGUCCCAGUGGU